AUGGCUCCUAUGAGCCUACGCGUCCUCGCACCUCCGUCAUCUGACACGAGUGAGACGCCCACACUGGUACUGCAAUGUGACUCACGAAAGUAUAUGUUCAAUGCAGGCGAAGGCACGACACGAAUCUCGGCACAAUACCGAGCAUCAAACUCACGUGUUGAGCACAUCUUUUUGACGCGUGUCGCGUCUGAGACCAUGGGUGGCAUUCCCGGCCUGCUAAUGACACUAGCUGAUGGCGGUCGGACCUCGGUUGAUGUGUAUGCGCCACCGAACCUGCUCUAUGCGCUGGCCACGACACGUUUGUAUGCGCGGCGAGAGUCGAUGCGCGUGAAGCCGCAUGAAAUUCCGGUAACUGAGCCGCAUGUAUGCUUUGCAGAUGAGCACAUUGAGCUACAAGCCAUACCACUUUUGCCCGCACAGCAUCGCGAACUGUAUGCUGCACAAAGUAGUGAUCUUCCAUCCUUUGAUCCAGUCUUGCAGCCAUGGAAUCAGCCACACUGGCGCCCAUCGUCCCUCCGCGGAGCGGAUGCCUUGCAAUGGUUUAGGUGCAUUGUUCAGGAUGCGUGGAAAGCAGAAGAAGCAUCGACAAUUUUGCCUGAUACUGUUAGCAGCGGCAACGCUCAUGGCAAUAUACCUGCGCGUCUCGCGACCAGCCCGGCCCGUUGCGCAUAUGCUCUUCCUCCGCCAUUGGUUCCCUGUAUUCAAGGGGGGGCGGACGCUGGACGCCAAGCAGCAGUGAUGGCAUACAUUUGUUCAGGCCACACGCAGCGGGGAAAAUUUGAUCCAGCGCGUGCGAGUGAGCUGGGUAUCCCACCUGGUCCUGAGUUUGCACGCCUCUCACGCGGCGAACAAGUGCGCAUUAUACGCCCUGUCGCGUGGUCUACGAUGGACGCAGAGCAAAGACAAGAAUGGCUCCGUUCAUGCCGCAGGAACGGCAGCGGCAGCAAUAACAAUAAUCACAGCCGCUCAGGAAAAGAGGCAUCGCAACAAGAUUUUUCCCAUACGGACGUGGAAUACGUCGACAUACAAAGUCAAGAUGUUGUGGGGAGUGCGCGUGCUGGGCCUGUGUUUUUCUACAUGCACGUACCGACGCUCCAACACUUGGACUCGCUUCUUGACGAUCCAAAGAUUCGAGCGGCAUUUGCACCAUACACUUGGGAAACCAACAAGUCGCUUAUAGAGGAGCAGCGACGAACACCACAUAUGAUCUUACAUGCGGUGCCGCUAGAAGUUUGGCAAGAUGAGCGCUACCAGGCAUGGCGGCGGGAUUUCGGGCCCGCAUGUCAUCAUUCUGUGGUUAACAGAGACAUGUGUGCAGAUACCUUGACCUAUACAUCAAAUGCCAUAUCCCUUUUGCGCCUGUCACGCAUGGAUCCAGACGUUUUUUCUGUGCCAGGGUACAGACUUGAGCCGCGCGUUAGGGACCCGAGCACCCUACCCACCCAGAUUAACACUCACAUCCCCUUGCAGCCACGAGGUGCCCCGACGCAGCUGCCUAUCAUUGCGCCUGUUUUUGAUAAGCCACUACAUGAGAUGCACCAGCACGCCACACUUGACGACGAUGACAAUGACUCCAAGAAUAGUGCAUCGCCAGGGUCCAAAGCCACAUGGGAUGCAUAUUGCGCAAUGGCUGCACAAGUGCGACAGAGUGCAUCUGUGCCACCUCGUACACCUGAGGCGGGGUUGGCUGACCAAGUUGAGCUCACGACGCUCGGCACGGGAAGUUCUGCUCCGUCCAAGUACCGAAAUGUGCUGAGCACUCUGGUCUACAUGCCAGGAGAUGGCUACCUGGUCCUUGAUGCGGGCGAGAGUACAUAUUUCCAACUCGCACGCCGCUUUGGGCCUGGGGAGCUUGGUUGGGACGGUCGCAUAGGCAUCAACAAGGUCCUGCGUGAACUCAAAAUGAUCUUUGUGAGCCAUAUUCAUGGCGACCACCACAUGGGUGUGAUUCGUCUUCUGCUAGAGCGCCGCCGACUUUCACCAAGCGAGCCUCUUGUCCUUGUGACGAACAAUUUCACUCGUUUCUACCUGUAUGAGUACGACUUGAUUGAGCAACUGGGUGUUCGAGACGGCAGUGUGCUCGCGUUGGAAAACGAGGCGCUCGAUUGGGAGCACGGCAUAGAUCCUGAUCCUCUGUCAACUCGAGCGACUGCUACUGCCACUACAGCUCGGCGGCUCAGCAAUACGAAGGAAGAUAACGCUGCAGCGCAGACGGAACGACAUCUCGCCACGCUCAAGCGCCUGACUAACCUGACUGGUGUCCGCACGGCCGCCGUAUCGCAUCGAGCUGGACAUUGCUACGGACUGAUUCUUACACACAAGUGUGGAUGGAAGUUCGUAUUCAGUGGUGACACCAUGCCUUGCAACUCACUGGUGCAGGCCGGCAAGGGAGCCACCUUGUUGGUGCAUGAGGCAACGAUGCAAGACGAUGAGGCUGAGCUCGCAGCAGCCAAGGGGCAUAGCACAAUUGGACAAGCAUGCAGGGUUGCCCGCGACAUGAAAGCGGAACACUUGCUGCUAACUCACUUUUCCCAGCGGUAUCCAAAACUCGCACGUCUAGACGUAGGCGGCAGCACUCGUGGCGCCUAUGGUGAGAACAAAGGAGUCGACGAUUGCCAGCAUCAGGACCAAGAGAGAGAUGACAGAAUGGCGUCUCAAGACGUGCCACCGAUCGGCAUUGCUUUUGACAUGAUGCGAAUGACCCCUGCGCAGCUUCGUCGCAUGGUAGCUGGACAUCGAGCUAUGAGUCUGCUUUUGGAGACGGAGCCCGAAGCAAUCGACGAGCCAACGGGGCCAGCUUUGUCAUCGUCGUCGUCGUCGUCAUUGUCAGCGUUAUUAGCUGGUGCCCAAGCAGAGCCAACAGCCUUUUCCCCACCAAAGACAAAGCGUGCGCGCAACUUGUAUGCCUCUCAGACUCGAUUCAAUUUUCACUAUCUUGUACUGACAUUCACGUCAAGAAACAAGGCAUUACGUCCGCCAUCGGAACUGAGUGUGAGUGAAGGCACGCGACGCGCACUGCAAAGUGCAUUCGGUUCUAUCGGCGGCGCUGUGGCUGUUGACGUGAUGUAUGCAGGCCUCCCUCUAGAUCCAUCUGUUGCACCAGAUGGAGCCGUAGGAGAGGCGGUGCUGCGUGUAGCAUCUGAGCAUGUCGACACAUUGGCAAGUGCUUUAUCCAGCAUCCAAGGCCAGGCGCACGCCACAAUGACUGGCCAGCAAGAAGAGAUGCGUGUCUCGGUGCGCGGGACAUCACAUAAUGUAGGGGCACUCCGGUCUAACACGAGCCGUGCUUGGAUCCAACAGCAGCUGCAAAUGCACGAAAGCAAGCCAUAA